AUGUCGAACCUGCUCAACCAUCCGGAGAUACUGAAGAAAGCGAGGGACGAGAUCGAUACCCAAGUCGGGGAAGGUCGAAUGGUGGAAGAACUGGACCUCCCUAAGUUGCAGUACCUGCAGAACACAAUCUCGGAAACCUUGCGAUUGUACCCGCCAAGACCGCUUCUGAUUCCUCGCACCUCGUCUCGAGAUUUCACCCUUGGUGGCUACCACGUGCCGCGGAACACAAUGCUGUUGGUGAAUGCUUGGGCCAUUCACAGGGAUCCUCAGGUUUGGGACGACGCAACGAGUUUCAAGCCGGAGAGGUUUGAGAUUAGUGGUGAUGGAGAAGCUGAGGCUGGAGAUCGUAGUAGUAGUCGUCGUCCUAAGCCCAUUCCGUUCGGAAUAGGUCGAAGGGCUUGCCCCGGGGAGGGUCUGGCUCGACGACUCGUCGGGUUGACUCUGGCAUCUCUGAUCCAGUGUUUUGAGUGGAAAAAGGUGGUUGAGGAGGAAGAUAUUGACAUGGCAGAAGGCCCUGGGAUUACCAUGCCAAAGCUGAUCCCUCUGCAGCUCAACUGCAAGCCUCAUCGUAUGGUCAGCGACAUGGUUAUUGCGUAG